GAGAAUGAUUUGGAACAAGAGAUGGGGGAUCCUGCCUGGAAUGUCGUGGAAGCACGAGCAGCCUCUCAACGAUUUCCUCCGCCAAGAGAUGGGCGACGAUGCUGUCCCUACGCAAGCGAACACACCCGACGGCACUAUACAUGGAGCGCAGGAAGAACAACCCUACAUUUCGAUAUUUGGCCUACCUCCUGCAGCCGAGUCGAAUGGCCCGGCCCCCCGUGAUCCGAACAGGUCUCAGGAGGAGGAACAACAACAACAACAACUAGCCGUCCUAGAUCCUACAGAACCACUGGAUGAUGAUGGCGACCACUCUUCCGUACCAGGCCACCGCCUCACCGGGAGCAGACGGGGACCGAGCUCCUCUCCGCCCAGUCCGCGGCGGACCAGAAGAGGGUCGUCUCCAGGACAUGAACAGGCUCCACGAGCGGCGCACGGCGCUCUGGGCCCGGUCCGCCCAUCUAGAGUGUCCAAACCGCACAAGGGGCCCGGAUCCGGAUCCGGCGCUCGACUACGACGACCGAAGCACCCCAAGUCUCCGCCUGGUGCCCAGAAACAACAACAAUCGUCUUCUCCGGGGCCGGCUGUUGCCGAGACGGCGCCGACGCCACCACCACAGGAGGUCGCCCCUGUAGUGACCCAAAGGAGGAGCGAGCGCCUGCGGCAGGCCGCCAACGCCGGCGCCGGUUCAUCGCCGCCCAGGGGAACCACCACGCCUCGGAAAUCGACCAAGAAGGGGCGUCCCGCCACAACGCGGCGUCAGAAGGGAUAGGACCCUAGCUCAUGAGUGGUGGAAGCGGCAGCAGGGUGGCAACUGUGAUAGCGGCAAACAUUUAGCUGGCCUCAAUUGGGAUUUAGGUUUGAUUAUCUCUACAAUUAUGGGUGGGAUGAAGUAUCCAUGGAUACUCACGUGAUCACCGACCCAAAACCAAUGUAGUUAAGCCUACUUUUGGCAGUAAAAGGGGGUCUUCUUGUAUAACCAAGGAAGACCUGAAGGAGCAUGGAAUCUGGGGUACUUG